AUGGUUACAGAGGGAAUAUCGUUUGAGGAUUUGCCAGUUGAUAAUUCUCAUAAGAAAGACCAAACUACUAAUGAGACAGUUCAAGAGACACUAGAUAAAUUAGAAGAGAAGAAACGAAACUACUUGAAAAUAGCUCCGAAGAAAGACAGUGAUGUGAUACGGAUACUGGAAUUAAUUGAAGAACCAACCAUGCUACGUGAAGAGACAGUGGAGGAGAGAAGGAAGAGAUUGGCAACUAUUCUAUUUGUUAAUAGAGAUAGCUUAAAGAAAUAUUAUAAAUCUGAAUUAUACUUGAACUGUACAUCUGAAAAUGGAACUACGACAAACGACGGUUCUCUAUCAGAUGUCGAAGAUCAGGAAAACCAGAGCGAUGAAGAUGAAUUUUACACACCUGCAAGUAGCCAGUUACUUUCAGUAAGGAGGUUUCUGGUUAAGGAUUCGAUUGAAAGAGCCAGGAAGAGAAUUAGGAAUGAAAAACAAUUCACUAUUACUAAUACACAAUCUAGUAUGAUUAAAAGCCGAAGAGAACGAAUUAAAGUCGCUCAGCAUUUUGAAUUAGAAGGGUCGCAAGUCAUCUCGAAAAGACCUAUAUCUCGAGUAUCAAUUUCAGCCAAAUCAAAAUAUUUUGCAGCAGGGAGUUGGGGUGGGGAUAUAGUUAUUCAACAUGUAAAAACCUUAGAAAGAAUAGUAAAUAUUGAAGAAGAAGCUAGAGGGAAAAUUGGAGGAUUAGAUUGGAAUAGAAGGGGAAACUUAUUAGUUAGUGGUUCUGAAGACUCAACUGUUAGACUUCAUGAGUUUAACGAAUCUUGCAAUAGUCUAAAGGAACUUUUUACAUUGAAGGGACACGAAGGGAGAGUAGCCCAUGUUAAAUUUCAUCCAACAGAUAAUUAUAUUGCUAGUGCAUCAUUUGAUAAUACCUGGAGAUUAUGGGACGUAGAAACUGGUUCAGAAUUAUUAUUACAAGAAGGUCAUAAUAAAGAGGUUUAUAGCAUAGAUUUUCAAAAUGAUGGAUCACUCUUAUGCUCUGGCGGGUUAGAUAAUAUAGGACUUGUGUGGGACGUAAGAGCUGGGAAAUCAAUUAUGGAAUUAAAGGGACACACAAAACCUGUAUAUUCAGUACAGUGGUGCCCAAACGCUUACCAAGUGGCUACUGGAGGUGGAGAUGGUUUAAUCAAUAUAUGGGACAUUAGAAAUACAAAAAAAGCCAGUGAGAUCUUGGCUCAUAAAAACAUUGUUACUGAUAUAAGUGUCACCCACGAUGAGGCACCUUUUUUGAUCUCCUGUGGUUACGAUAAAACUAUUAAUAUUUACUCUGCCGAUAACUGGGCGAAAAUCAACACUCUAGUGGGCCAUGCAGAUAAAGUUCUAACAGCAAAUAUAUCUAAGGAUGGAAAGUAUAUAGUCAGUGGUGGUUGGGACCGUUCUGUUAAAUUAUGGGAAAAUCAUGCAUAG